ACCUGUAUACAGACAAAAAUAGCGAUAACUCUGUACCAUAGAGACGACGAGCGGAUACGUUCUGUGAUGGCAUGAAACCUUCCUGCUCCAUAUCCAACAAUCCUUCAAUGGCAUUCGCCACCGGCUUUCGAUUUAUCCGAUGUUACAACCAGUUGUCUUUACCCAUAUAUCCUGCCCGAUUAUCGAGGCACAAAUGCAGCGUUGAUGGCCUGCGGUUUCUUUCGGCCACUCACCGUCCUACCCGUCUGACAUCGGUGAGUUCCAAAAGUUCUGCGACCGAGGGUGUCGAGGAAGGGGGAGAAAGCGGAAAUGGGGGUUUAAUGACGGUAGCUACAAGCAGUGAUGGUGACGCAAGGAAUGGAAGGAUUGUUCUCACGGAGCUUCAUAAAGAGGCUACUGAAGCAUACAUGUCUUAUGCUAUGUCGGUUUUGCUUGGACGAGCAUUGCCAGAUGUUCGUGAUGGACUGAAGCCUGUUCACCGCCGUAUAUUAUACGCGUUGCAUGAAUUGGGUCUUUCAUCACGUAAACCUCACAAGAAAUGUGCUAGAGUUGUUGGAGAGGUGCUUGGCAAGUUUCACCCACAUGGUGAUACUGCUGUAUAUGAUUCACUGGUCCGGAUGGCACAGGAUUUUUCGUUGCGUUGUCCACUAGUUAGUGGUCAUGGUAAUUUUGGUUCAGUGGAUGGGGAUAAUCCUGCGGCGAUGCGGUACACAGAAUGCAGAUUGGAAGCACUUGCUGAAACAAUGCUUCUGUCAGAUUUGGAUCAGGAUACGGUUGAUUUUGUCCCGAACUUUGACAGUUCUCUAAAAGAACCAUCAUUGCUUCCUGCGCGGAUCCCAAACUUGUUACUUAAUGGUUCUUCAGGAAUUGCGGUUGGGAUGGCAACCAAUAUUCCUCCACAUAAUCUUGGGGAGUUGGUUGAUGCUCUUUGUGUGUUAAUUCAUAAUCCAGAUGCCACGCUGCAAGAAUUGAUGGAAUACAUGCCUGGACCUGACUUUCCAACAGGAGGAAUCAUAAUGGGAAAUCUUGGCAUCUUGGAGGCCUAUCGAACUGGAAGAGGACGUGUUAUAGUCAGAGGAAAGACAGAGAUUGAGUUAUCUGAUUCCAGAACAAAGAGUGCAGCAAUUGUAGUAAAAGAGAUUCCUUAUCAGACCAACAAAGCCUCUCUUGUUAUGAAAAUUGCUGAUCUAAUUCAGAACAAGACUUUGGAAGGCAUAAGUGAUAUUCGUGAUGAGAGUGACCGGUCUGGAAUGCGGAUAGUCAUUGAGCUUAAGAGAGGAUCUGAUCCAUCCAUCGUUCUGAAUAAUCUAUAUCGCAUGACUGCUCUACAGUCGGGUUUUAGCUGCAACAUGGUUGGUAUUCUCGAUGGACAACCUAAACAAAUGGGAUUAAAGGAGUUGCUUCAGGCCUUCUUGGAUUUUAGAUGCAUGGUGGUUGAAAGACGGGCAAAGUUUAAGCUUGCACAUGCACGAGACAGAUAUCAUAUUGUUGAGGGUAUCAUAGUUGGGCUCGACAAUAUUGAUGAUGUAAUUGAUGUAAUCAGAAAAGCUACAAGCAAUUCAAUGGCAGCCGCUGAUCUGAGGAGAAAGUUUAAUUUGUCUGAAAAACAAGCUGAAGCGAUAUUAGAUAUUAACUUACGGAGACUUACAUUACUUGAGAGAAGUAAGUUCAUUAACGAAGGAAAAACCUUGAUGGAACAAAUUUCUAACUUGGAGGAACUUUUAUCAAGCAGAAGGCAAAUAUUGCAGUUAAUUGAACAAGAAGCAACUGAGAUAAAGAAUAAGUUCUCCACUCCACGACGUUCCACUUUGGAGGAUGCUAAUGAUGGCAUGCUUGAUGAAAUAGAUGUUAUUCCCAACGAAGAAAUGCUAUUGGCAAUUAGUGAAAAAGGUUAUGUCAAAAGGAUGAAGCCGGACACUUUCAAUCUACAAAACCGUGGAACCAUUGGUAAAUCGGUUGGAAAACUGAGAGUCAAUGACACAAUGUCAGACUUCCUUGUUUGUCGUGCUCAUGACCUCCUCCUAUACUUCAGUGACAAGGGUAUAGUGUAUUCUGCUCGGGCCUACAAAAUUCCGGAAUGUUCCCGUGCAGCUGCAGGUACACCCCUGAUCCAGAUUUUGUCCCUAUCGGAUGGUGAACGGAUUACUUCUAUUGUUCCUGUGAGUGAAUUUGCUGAAGAUCAGUAUCUUCUGAUGCUUACCGCAAAUGGCUACAUUAAAAAAGCAUCUUUGAUGUACUUUUCAUCUAUUAGGCCGUCAGGGAUCAUAGCACUUCAACUGGUACCCGGUGAUGAACUCAAAUGGGUCCGCCAUUGCACAAAUAAAGAUGCUGUUGCAAUGGCUUCACAAAAUGGAAUGGUUAUUCUUAGUUCUUGUGAGACGAUCCGAGCACUUGGAAGAAAUACUCGAGGUGGGGUUGCAAUGAGAUUGAGAGAAGGGGAUAGAAUGGCAUGUGUGGAUAUUAUACCUGCAGCAACGCAUGAUGAGAGCGUGUCUGAAGCUCACCAUAGCCAUAAGGGAGCACAUGGGCCAUGGCUGUUAUUUGUGUCCGAGAAUGGUGUAGGAAAGCGAGUUCCUCUGAGUGAGUUCCGCGAGUCUCGUUUGAAUAGGGUUGGUUUAAUAGGGUGCAAGUUUUAUUCGGAAGACCGUCUUGCAGCAGUUUUUGUGGUUGGUUUUACCUCAGCAGAGGAUGGUGAAAGUGAUGAACAAAUAGUUCUUGUGAGUCAGAGUGGUACGGUGAACCGAAUAAAAGUGAGGGAUAUUCCUAUUAUGAAACGGUUUGCAAGGGGAGUGAUAUUGAUGAGGCUUGAGCAUGCUGGGAAGAUUCAAUCAGCUUCUUUAAUCUCCGCUUCAGAAACAGAGGUCGAUGAAGUCGAAGCUGCUACUGUUGUCGUAUAGGAUUGACUUUACUAAGGCUUAAUCGGUUAAGAUUCCAUAACCAAUCUCACAUUAUUACUCAUGGACCUGCUUGAAGCUCCUGUAAAUGUCCCAAAAUGCAAGGGAAACACAAGUCUCUGUGUGUGUGUGUUUUGUGUAACACAAGUACAGUAAUUAUUAUACAUCUUUUAUAUUUUGGGGAUUUUGUAAAAUGGUUGGUUCUGGUGUGUAUGUAGACUGUAGAGGGAUAGAUGGGUUGAGCCUUUUUUUUCUUGUAGGAAUGGAGGAGCUGCUGAAAAUGGUAUUUAUGUGCCAUCUUUCUUUAUUUUAUUUUUUUGUAAUAUGCAUUUUUUGAUU